AUGGAGACUUCAGCUCCAACAGCCACUGAGAAGAAGGAGUGUAAAGGUUCAGGUUUAGAUGGAAGCAGCUUCUCAGAGCUGCCGAAAAAGCCCUCACCCACCACCCUGACCCGAGGUGCUCAUCACCUCUUCCCCUCGUUUCACGCACCAAUCCCCAUCGACAUGAGGCACCACGAGGGGCGGUACCAUUAUGAGCCACACCCACUUCACGCCAUGCAUGGACCUCCAGGCCUGACGGGCAGUCCGGUCAUCUCAGACAUCUCCCUGAUCCGUCUCUCUCCCCACGCCUUGGCCGGGUCGGGCGAGUCGCCGUUCAGCCCCCCCCACCCGUACGUCAGCCCCCACAUGGAGCACUACCUGCGCUCGGUGCACGGCAGCCCCACCCUGUCCAUGAUCUCAGCCGCCCGGGGACUGAGCCCGGCUGAAGUGACCCACGAACACUUGAAGGAGCGAGCUCUGUUCAGCCUGCCCCCCCCUCCGCCGGGGGCCAACCCCACCGAGUACUACCACCUGAUGGCCAGCGCCAGCCAGCGGAGCCCGUACGGCGACCUGCUGAUGCAGAGCAGCGCCGCAGCCGCAGCCGCUGCAGCCGCUCAUCUGCCCGACUACAUCAGCCCCAUGGACGUCUCUCGUUUCUCCAGUCCUCGGCUGACCCCCCGGCUGAGCAGGAAGAGAGCCCUGUCCAUCUCCCCCCUGUCGGACGCCAGCAUCGACCUGCAGACCAUGAUCCGCACCUCGCCCAACUCGCUGGUGGCCUACAUCAACAACUCCCGCUCCAGCUCGGCCGCCAGCAGCUCCUACGGGCACCUCUCGGUCGGAGGCAUCAGCCCCUCCUUCAGUUUCCCUCAUCCCAUCAACCCGAUGGCCUACCAGCAGCUGUUGUCCCAGCAGAGGAGUCUCAACGCCUUCGGCCACGCCCCUACUCUCAUUCAGCCGUCGCCGUCCUCGUAUUCCGCUCGCCAGCACCCGCUCACCGCCUCACCGAUGUCCACCUCGCACAACAUCUCCCACUCGGAGGCAAACCAGAAUGCCAGUGGAGACCCAGCAGUGAGCAGCACGGUCAACCCACUGAUCACCAAGAGGUCAAAGGUCAAGACGGAAGCUGAGGGUCCCCUGCCCAUCUCUCCCACUUGUCAGGACCAUGGGGGGGGAAUCUUGGACUUGAGUGAGGAUCUGGAUAAAGACGAGUGCAAGCAGGAGCCCGAGGCCGUGUAUGAGACCAACUGCCACUGGGAGGGCUGCAGCAAGGAGUACGACACCCAGGACCAGCUCGUCCAUCACAUCAACAACGACCACAUCCACGGCGAGAAGAAGGAGUUUGUGUGCCGCUGGGACGAGUGUUCCCGGGAGCAGAAGCCCUUCAAGGCGCAGUACAUGCUGGUCGUCCACAUGAGGCGCCACACGGGCGAGAAGCCGCAUAAAUGCACGUUUGAGGGCUGUGCCAAAGCUUACUCUCGCCUGGAGAACCUCAAGACUCACCUGCGCUCCCACACCGGAGAGAAGCCGUACGUGUGUGAACAUGAAGGCUGCAACAAGGCCUUCUCCAACGCCUCGGACCGGGCCAAGCACCAGAACCGCACACACUCAAACGAGAAACCAUAUGUGUGCAAGAUCGCGGGGUGUACCAAGCGCUACACGGACCCCAGCUCUCUCAGGAAGCACGUGAAGACCGUGCACGGCCCGGAAGCGCACGUCACCAAGAAGCAACGCAGCGACGCCCCCCCGAGACAGCAGCUGCCCAAGGGCAACGGAGAGAACGAGGCGAACUCCAAGCACGGUGCACGAGUAGUGGACGGCAAGAUUGAGGCCAACAGCACCUCCAGAGGCCAGGAUGACUGCAUUCAGAUCAAAUCCAUCAAGACGGAGACCUCCAUGACAUAUCAGUCCAGUCCUGGUGGCCACUCGUCGUGUAGCAGUGAGCCGUCGCCUCUCGGCAGCGCCAACAACAACGACAGUGGGGUAGAGAUGGCCAUGCACAGCGGGGGCAGCUUCGGGGACCUCAGUGCUCAGGACGAGUGCCCCCUGGUGGACUCCACCGUCCCUGCAGGGGGACAGCUGGGGGGGAUGGGUCUUCAGUUGAGGAAAGCCGGCGUGGGUCAUGGUGGCGGGGUCACCAUCAAGCUGGAAAACAUCAAGAAGGAAAGGCUGAAGAGCGUGAGGGACUCCUGCCCCUGGGGCAACUCGGCACCGCAGCCUCCACAGGGCCAACGCAUCAGUAUGAAGCUGCCUCCCAUACCUGCACUCGGUUCCCUGCUGGAGAGCUCCAAUGUGAUGACUAAUCUAACCGGUCUGCACAACAACAACCAACGCAUCGGCGACCAGCCUUCGUGUGAGGUCACUCUGCUGAACCAGUUGAACGAGCGGCGUGACAGCACCACCAGCACCCUCAGCUCCGCUUACACCAUGAGCCGCCGCUCAUCUGGGAUUUCCCCCUGCUACUCCAGCCGUCGCUCCAGUGAGACUUCCCAGUUUAGUCAUCACCGCAAUAACAAUAUCAGUUCUGCCGACUCCUAUGACCCGAUCUCCACUGAUCUGUCCCGCCGCUCGAGUGAGGCCAGCCAGUGGGGGGGCAGCGGUACCGGCGGAGGAGGUCUCCCAAGCCUCCUGAGUCUGACACCAGCUCAGCAUUAUCGGCUCAAGGCAAAGUACGCUGCUGCCACUGGUGGAGCUCCGCCUACUCCUCUGCCCAAUAUGGAGCGGAUGAGCCUGAGGACUCGCAUGGCGUUGUACAAUGACUCCCAGGAAGGCUCGUCUCAUCCAUUCCAUCAGCCGCCCUCUGGAGCUGCACCCAGGCGCUGCAGUGAUAUUGGAUAUGGCGCCCAGAGCAUGAUGCCCCACGAGGUACCUGCCAGCCUCCCACGCCGUGCCAGUGACCCAGUGCGCCGUCCCACACUCGAUCAGUUCUCCUUUCCAAGGGUCCAGCGCUAUAACAGCAUGAACAGCAUGAAUCCCAACAUGGGUCCAUCAGCUGCAGAACGCCACCAGGCGCUGGCCAUGCAGGGCUACACUCGCUCUGAUGGCAGCCUGCAACGCUACCCAUUUGCCCCGAGACCACCUAGCAUCUCUGAGAAUGUAGCCAUGGAGAACAUGGCAGUAGAUGGAAUGAUGACCGGGGGCGAGCAGAAUGGAGAGGAGGACAUGGUGCUUCCAGAUGAUGUGAUGCAAUACCUCAGAACCCAGAAUUCCAGCCACUCGGGUAACAACUCGGGGCAAGUGGACUAUCAUUCCAACAAUCAGACUCAGGGCUACCAGACAGCCAUGGCCCCACCCACAUCAUUUUAUGCACAGAGGAGGAUGGCCAUGGUGGAUGCCACCAUGCGUCCAUCUGGUCAGGAUCUGCCUUUCUCAGCAGCAUCAGACAACCUGAACAAGAACAACAUGCCCGUGCAGUGGAAUGAGGUGAGCUCAGGGACCGUGGACACCACAGCCAAGCUCUCCAGGCAACAGCAGCAUCCUGUCAGAGGGAAUCUAGCUGUUGCUCAGCAGAGGAACAAUUUUGGAUCCUUCCCGACACAAGGUCUGGGUUUGGGUAGCAACCAGCAGGUAGUGCCUAUGAGUCAGAAUAUGUCUAUGCAGGGAUAUGCCAACCACAACAGCCAGAGGCCAAUGAACAUUAACCACCAGCAGAAUCAACAACAAAGGCAAUGUAACAAUGUGAACUUUAGUGAUCAAAUGAGUCCUCAGCAGGGAUAUGGCCAAGAGGCGAUCCCAAACUCUAUAGCUGGGAGCACCAGCAUGAGACCGACCCGCAGCGGUGCCACAGAUCCAGAACUGCAAACCUACAGAGCAAGGACACAGGCUGAUGGGUAUUCUCACAUGAACCAAGUGGAUCUCCAGCAUAAUUACAACGUUGUUUCCCAGCAGCAGCAGCACGUCAUCCACAAUGGAGGCAGAGGAAUGUUACAACCUCGGCCUCCCACAGAGCCCAAGGCCAUUGCCAGACAACACACAGGAUCUAGCUUAAUGCCACCAAGUCGAAUACCCAAGGCAACGCAUGACACUUCGGAGGCUAGCCCAAAGAGGCCCAGUGGGUCAGUGGCCCAAAACAGCAACUCUUCUGUGUUCUAUACAGGUCAGGUUCACAUGUUUGAGCCAACUUCUGUCAGCUUCGAUGCCCCCAUGUCCCCCUGUGCCAACCAGGCUCCUGCCGGCAACAACAGCGCAGCACCCAACAUGGCUUCACCGGGAGUCAACCAGGUCUCCAGCAGUACGGUGGAUUCUUCAACUGGUAGAUCUGGAGGUACGGAACACGCCCAGAUCGACUUUGACACCAUGCUGGACGAUGGGGACCACUCCAGCCUGAUGUCGGGCACCUUGAGUCCCGGGCUUCUGACGAGCCUCUCCCAGAGCUCCUCCCGUCUGACCACACCUCGGAACUCGGUCACACUUGCGUCGGUACCGGCGGGGAUCGGCAACAUGGCCAUCGGUGACAUGAACUCCAUGCUCACAGCUCUGGCUGAAGAAAGCAAGUUCCUCAACAUGAUGAGCUGAGAGCAAUCACAGACCUCAUCGUCCACCCAGGCUUCACAUCAGGAAUAUAGAGACUACACACGAAAGCACUGAUCGAACAAG